GUGUCUGAGCUCGCAACAUGGCUCGCCUUUCACGUAUUUAUAAUGUGUUAACCGUCGCAUUUAUAUGGAUAGGCAUAGAUGGAAAACACGUGAACAAAAGAAGCUUGCCUGAUGUGAAGUGUCAUGAAACUGGACGGUUCUACAGGAAUCCUGACCGAACGGAAGAUGUAAUGUGGACGGGCGACGAGUGUUCCCGUUACUAUCUUUGCUUAGAAGGCGAUGUGUUCGAUUUCCAAUGUUCUAAAGGCCUACUCUUCGAUGUCAACCGACAACUAUGCGAUAUGCCACAGAAUGUACAUAACUGUGAUCUUACAACAGAAACGCUAAUACCAAAACCUCAGUUGGAAAAUGCAAAAUGCGCUAACGAAACCCACCUGGGUUGUUCUGACGAUACUUGUGUCCCCGCUGAAUACUUCUGCGAUGGCGCCCUGGACUGCGAAGAUUCUUCCGAUGAGGGUUGGUGCGAUAUCAACUACGAUCCAAACGCUGCUGCCCCUUGCAACACAGGGAUGUGUCUCUUGCCAGAAUGCUUUUGCACGAAGAAUGGAAAUCAAACACCGAAUAACCUCGUCUCGAGCCAGACACCACAAAUGAUCACCCUCACAUUCGACGGCGCGGUAAACCAUGAAAAUUGGGAUACUUAUUCGAGACAACUCUUCACGCCCGAACGCACGAAUCCUAACGGAUGUCAUAUAAAGGCAACAUUCUUCAUAUCACAUCCGUACACUAAUUACCGACACGUACAAAAACUGUGGAACGAUGGACAUGAAAUAGCCGUCCAUUCUAUUACGCAUCGCGGUCCAGAGGAAUGGUGGUCCAAAAAUGCUACAGUUGAAGACUGGUUCGACGAAAUGGUUGGACAAGCAAAUAUAAUCAAUAGAUUUGGAAGAGUUUGGAUGGAAGAUUUUAGAGGAAUGCGAGUCCCAUACUUGUCUGUCGGUUGGAACAGGCAGUUUCUAAUGAUGCAAGAGUUCGGCUUCGUAUACGACGCGACAGUGGUGGCACCAUUAGCUGAUCCACCGUAUUGGCCAUACACUUUAGAUUAUAAAAUGCCUCAUCCUUGUACAGGAAAUAAUCAAUAUUGUCCAACAAGAAGCUAUGCCGGUCUAUGGGAAAUGGUCAUUAAUCCUCUCGUCAAUGGUGACCACACGUGUGCUACAUUGGAGUACUGUCCAUCCAAUCUCAACGGUGAUGACGUAUACGACAUAUUGUUAAACAACUUUAAAAGACAUUAUUUAAAAAAUCGAGCUCCAUUUGGUAUACAUUUAAGUUCCACGUGGUUGAAGAACAAUAACUACUUGGCUGCUUUGAAGAAAUUCAUAGAUGAGCUGCUAAAGCUUCCAGAUGUAUAUUUUGUAACAUAUCGUGAAGUAAUCGAUUGGAUUAAACGACCGACACCUGUUCUGCAACUCAAAAAGUUUCAACCAUGGCAAUGUAACAACCGACGCUUCGAAGAAUCCGAAAUCGCUUGCAACAAACCGAGGACUUGUAAACUACCGUCCAAAGUCUUAGAACAUGACAAAUAUAUGAUCACGUGCAUGGAUUGUCCAAAAUCUUAUCCAUGGAUAAGAAACGAAUUCGGUUACGAAUAACAAAUCUAAAACAAUAGACAAAUAUCAAAGUUACCAAUUAUAUUUAAGGUUUUUAAAUCUAUUAAUGUAGCAAAUUUUUAUUAAAGAAUAUUAUUGAUAACUACGGCAUCUACGCCAUUCCUAUAAUGUAGU